ACACAACUGAGAGAUCACUAGUGACACAACUGUGCAAACUACUGACUGACAUAACAGAGAGAUCACUAGUGACACAACCGUGCAAACUACUGACUGACACAACUGAGGAAAGUGUAGACGAGUGACUGAUACAGCUGAGGAGAUUGUAUACUAGUCAGUGACAAUUGAAAAAAGUGAUAGCUAGAUACUGACACAACUGAAGAGAUUGUACACUGGUGACUAAUACAACUGAGAAACGUGUAAACUGGUGACUAAAGAAAGUGAUGCAAAGCCCCUAAAUUUUAGUUACAUGCCGGGACCGACCUGAUGUGACACGCGUGACCCCGCGUUAUAUGGUGGGAGCCGGCCACGGAAGUUUACCAAACAUCAACGCAGAUGGACGUCUUCGGACUACGUAUCCCAGGAGUCAUUGCGGCGCAUCUCCAGAAGCGAAUCUUUGAAUUCGACCGCGGUGCAUUGUGGGAGCGGUAGUCCGGAGGGAGAAGCGUGUGACGUAGAUUGUGUGCGACGGGAUUAUUGAGGGGAGACCUGGACAUGGCGCUGUUCCCUGCAUUUGCCGGGUAUCCCAGUGCGGGCGGCGCCCCCGAACAAGCAGGGCUGGACUGGCUGAAUAAUCGGAGCUUCAGUACGGAGGACGCCCUGUCCCUGCACCAGCGCACACAGCUCGCCGCGCCGCCCCCACUCCGGGAAUCUCCACUCUCUAGCACUGACCCCAAACCUCAGAGCUCCGGGAGCGAGUCGUCCGAUUCAGGGGCCGAGAAAAGAAGUAAAAAGAGGAAAAAGAAGAAAAAAAAACACAAAAAGCAUAAGAACCGGAAGAAGAGCAGCGAGGAGGAGGAGGAAGAUGUCAGAGAUUUAAAGAAGCCUCAGCCUGUCAGGGAAGCCGCCUGUGGAUCAGCCGCCGGCCGCUCUAUCUGGCUGGAUGAAGCUCAGCCUGCACCAGAGGAGACGUUCCGAAUUGAUAAUAAAGCCGAUCCGGCCAACUGGGAGUAUAAGUCACUGUACCGAGAAGACAUUGCACGGUAUAGGAGGAGAGGCCAUUCCUGCCUGGGGAUUAAUCCCAAGACGCAGCAGAUCAUCUGGGAAGAUGCGAUCAAGAAGAAGACGUCUCAGAAAAGAGCCGAGCGCUACUACAACAGGCAGGCGGUGCAGACGUUGCGAGCCACAGCGGAAUCGGUGUCUUGCGGUAAGGACGGUGCGGCGGCCAUCACCUCCGGGUUCAUUCCAGUGCGGGACUGUGAUCCGGACUCCGCCUCCACUCCCGGUCCGGAGAGCUGGGUGAAUCCACUGGGAGUGUAUGAUAAAUCCACAACCAUGUGGCUGCAAGGUAAAGGGGGCCCGGAAAACAAGACCACCCCAACCCUGGAGCGGAGGGACACCGGCCUCCUGGAGAAGGUGGAGGAUUACAACAGGAGGGUCCGAGAAAACCCUGGAGACAUCAGGACCUGGAUGGAGUUCGUCUCGUUUCAGGAUGGGUUGAUCCAUCAGCCCAGCAUCUACUCCACCAGCGAGAGCGAGAUGGACAGUCACCGCAUGUCUCUAAAGAUGGUGCUGGAGAAGAAGCUGUCUAUCCUGGAGAGAGCCAUCGAGAGUAACCCCGCCAGCACCCAGCUGAAGUUGGCGCGGCUGCGUCUGUGCGCAGAGUUCUGGGAGACCCCCGCCCUGCUGAAGGAGUGGCAGAAACUGAUAUUUCUCCACCCCAACGACCCCCAGCUCUGGAAGAAGUAUCUGCAGUUUUCUCAGGGACAGUUCAGCGCCUUCUCCGUGUCCAAAGUGAACGGCGUCUACGGGAAGUGUCUCAGCACCCUGUCCGCGGUACACGACGGGAGCAUGCUGUCCCACCCGGCCAUGCCCGGCACCGAGCGCAGCAUGUAUGAUAUCUUCCUCCAGCAGUGUCACUUCCUGCGCCAGGCCGGGCACUGCGAAAAGGCCGUGUCGUUAUUCCAAGCGCUAAUGGACUUCACUUUCUAUAAGCCGGACAGCAUGAAGAACAUGACCACAAAGGAACAGGUGGAAUUUUUCGAGCCUUUCUGGGAUAGCGGGGAACCUCGAUUUGGUGAAAAAGGAGCAAAAGGCUGGAGCUCGUGGAUGAGGCAGCAGGAGAGGGGCGGCUGGGUCAUUAUCAAUAAUCUGGGUGAGGAGGAAGAAGAUGAAGCAGAUGAGGAGAUCGAUAUCAAGGAUAAAAGCCGCCCCCGGCCUGAUAUCUGGCUGGACGUGGAGUGCGCCUGGGAGGCCCAACACUGGAUCCCCUGGAGACCGGACCCCGCCAAGAAACAGACCGAGGAGGAUUGUGAGGACCCCGAGCGACAGGUCCUCUUCGAUGACAUCGGUCCGUCCAUGAUCAGGAUCUCCAGCGUGGAGUUGAGGUUCCAGCUGGUCGUGUCCUUCCUCCAGUUCCUCGGAGUUCCCUGUGACUCUCGGCCGCCCCCGACCUCCUUGUACCUCUUGCUGGACCACGCCUCCAUUUUUGACCACAUCCCUUUACACGAGCGGCUGCUGACCUCCUAUGACCUCCCCCUGUCUGGCGUCAGCGCCGUCGGCCAUCUUGAUACUAUGAACGGGAACAGAGCGCGGAUCGGUCAGUGUAAGGAAGGAGAGCGCUUCAUGCAAGACGUCUUUCAGGCCGCCAUGUCCUGCUUCACGGGGGAGGAGAAGACGAAGCUUUCUGUCUAUUGGCUUCAGUAUGAGAUAGCCAAGGUGGUUCGGUGUCUGCAGGAGAAGAAUAAGAAGAAGCUGAAAUCUCAAGGAAAAAGGAGCAAGAGACUGGCGAAAGGUCUGCUGAAAGAAACGGCGAACCGCAACAGCCUGGCGCUGUGGAGGGAGUACGCUCUGCUGGAGCAGCUGCUGGGGAACGCCGAGGAGGCCAGGAAGGUCUUUGACGCUGCCAUUGCACUCGCGGGAGGUCAAGGGUUAAAGGAUCAGGACCUACGAAGCCUCUGUUUACUGUACGCAGAGCUGGAAGCGGAGAUGGCGUCCGAACCGGAGCAUGAAGCCUCUGCCUCCCGCGCAGUCCACAUCCUCAGCAGCCUGGCUGACAGCGCCCCCUAUGUGCCGUAUAAAGGACCAGUCCCUGCACUUAGUAUAUUAAAGGCCAGGAAAGUGUAUGAACGGGCGCUGGAGGACUCCCUUAAUACCCCCUCUGACCCCGCCUUGGUCACCAUAACCGGCUGCCUCGCCCUAUUUCAGUAUCUCACUGCAGGAAUAGACUCGGCCGUCGCAGUGUUUCGUCAGGUUUCCAACUCCCUGGCGCCCCCUGUAGGAGACUGCAUUGAAGCGCCGGGGUCGUGGAGCCCCCUGCAGGCGGUGACUGUGAUGCACACAAACUUAUUAAAGUACCACACCAGGGUGAGUGUCUACCCACGUGCCCCUCUGAGGGACGCCCUGAUGGACGCUCUGCGGUUGUUCCCUCAUAAUGUUGCCCUGUGGAAAUCCUACAUCCGGUCUGAGAGCAGAUCCCACCACGUCAACAAAGUCCGGAGGUUUAUAGACGGCACCAGGAGGGCGGCGGACGCGCUGGAGCCGUAUCUGUUCGCCAUCCGUGCGGAAGAGGAAAGGAAAGAACUGGUAGAAUCUGUGAAAAGAGGUGAAUCGGGAGACGUACACACAGUCAUGCCAGAAACAGGUCUCUCCAAUCGUAUCAAGGCGAUGUUUGAGCGCGGACUCAGCACGGAGCAGGGGUCCCGGUGUCUUCUCCUAUGGAGGAUGUAUAUACGCUUUAUGGUCUCUCAGGACAGGGGUCGGGGUCUCUUCUAUAAGGCCAUACAGAGUUGCCCCUGGGGUAAGGUUUUGUAUUUGGACGCGGUUGAAUAUUUCCCGGAUCAGUUACAGGAGAUUGUGGAUUUAAUGAUGGAGAAGGAGCUGAGGGUGCGGCUGCCCCUGGAGGAGCUGGAUCUGCUGCUGGAGGACUAGUCGCUGACCGUCUGCCGCCCCUCUGGACACUCACCUCUAUGACUCAAUAAAUCUCUGCUUGGAGACGUUG